AUGGGGAAGAAUGCCAUGGUUGUGGUGUUUCUGGUGCCUCCUCGAGACGAAACUCUAACCUUGAUCUCUGAAGCUAUUGAGAGCCGGGGUGAACUCUCGACCUGUGCCUGUCUUAUCUUUGCCGACCCACGAAUGCUGUUCGCUGGUGUUCACCCGUGUCCCAAAAUUCUUCAGGGCCGUGUGGGGAGGGUCUGCAACUACAAGCCCCUACUUGACUCCCAGAGUCCCAAGCGGUCAAGCUGGAAGGGAACCGGAGGCUCCGAACUUCGAAGGGAGCCAUUCACAACUUUGGGGCCGGUAGCCGAUAUGGAGGCAUGCAGACUCCAAAAUGCAAAUACCGACGGGAAAAUCCCUAAAUGGGAAGCUAAAGGAGGGCCUAUCGAAUAA